GAGUUGAGCAUUCGCUUUUUGUUCAAGUCUCUAAACUGAAUCGUGUGCGGAAAAAUAAAUAGAAAAGAGCUUGUUCUUAUUGAGUUCUGGUCACUUUAACCACGAGAGACGAACAAGUCAAAAGUGAAGAAAGACAAAAGUGAAAUUAAAAACAUGGCCACUUUUGACACGACGGCACUCUUACAAUCUCUUCCACCAUCAGACGAAGCUAUUAUCGGCGGUAAUGCAUACACAGUCGCCGGUGAACGUAGCACCAUUUUAACGAUCAUCGGCAAGUAUGGAUCAGAAAUCAUUGGAGGGUUUCAUAAAACAAUUGACGUGGAUGGGGAGAUGGCAGCUGAAUCUACUACAGGGAUCUGUUACAUUCGAACGCCUGAAACAAAAUUCAAAAAGGAUCAGAUGCUGGAGAAAUUCCGUCAAGAAAACAUUUUAGUUUGGCGAGAAAAAGAAGUCAAACAAUCAACAAAUGGAUAUGAAUUAGAUCUGGCAAUUGAAGAGCAUUUACAAUUUGUAAUAGCCAAUAAAGAUAGAAUUAAAUUUUUAAGGUCUCCGGAAAUCGAGAACAAUAGCGAGGAAUCAAACAAUUCAGCGAGAAUUUCAUAUGUACUCCCUAAAAGAUGUUAUUGCAUGCCCGAUGGUAAUCGAGUCGGCACACCCAACAAGUGUAAGAUGGGCGUCAAAAUCGACACUGUAAAUACUAAUAAGAAAAACAACAGACAGAUUAGUAGGGAUGAUUUAGAAAUAAUCAUCAGGAAUCACCACGAAGAACGUCAACCCGAGGCUUAAACCGAAACCAGAAUCAAAGGAAAUAAAAACAGAAAAAAAAAUAAAACAACAAGAAGGAAUCUACAUAUAUUCGCAUAUAAUUUACACACGUCGUCUUUUUGGUUUCAAGAGCGACUAUUAUAUUAAUUUUUAAUUUUUUAAAAAUAUAUAUCUCAUCAAUUGAUUUAUCCUCAUUGCUGGUACCAUAAUAACCUGCAAGAGCUGAAUUUAAUUAUAACAUAUAUACUUACACGAGCUUUUAUUUUAAGCCAAUACAAUAUGAUUUUUAAUCCGGAAAUAAU